AUGACAGAAAAUAACUCUUACAAAAUCGAUCAUCGUUAUAAUCAAAAUAAUACACCAAUAAUAACUACAAAUGGUCAACAAUCAGUUAAAUCUUAUCGUGAACAAAUUGAAACAAUGUUAACACGAUGGCAUCAAUUACAAAAAGUAAAACAACAAUGUCCACCUAUUGAUUUCGAUAAUAUAAUGGAAACUGAUCUAGCACGACAACUUCAUGAAAUAGAAGAACAAGAACAAAAUAAUUUAUUGGAAAAAACACUUGAAUUACAAUUGUGUCAAUAUGAUAAUCAGCCAUGUAGAAUAUCCGAUGAUGAUAUGAAAAAACAACUAAAACAGAUUGAAAUUGUAAAACAAUCUGAAAAAAAUGAACAACAACGUCAAUAUGAUAAAAUUUUACAACAAUUGAAACAAUAUGAGAAAAUUGAAAUCAAUUCUCAACAUAAACAAAAAACAAAUAGCUCAAAUCAUCAUGAUAGAAAAGAAUUUGUUUGUAUUCGUGAACAGAAACAUAAUAUCUAUAUAAAGUUAUUAUCAAUGUUGCCAAAUCUAUUUGAAUUGACAAAAAUGGUUAGAUUGUUCUAUGGUAAACUUGGUCCCAUACAUGUUGAAAUACCCAUCAAUAAGAAUACAUCACACACAAUAAUGGUUACCGAUAGUAUCACUAUGGCUGAAUUAAAAGAUCGUGUUUAUGCAAUUGGUGGUGAUUAUUUUGGUGAUGUACCAACAAAAACAUCAGCAACAUCAUUAAAUACAAUUGAAAAUAAUUGUCACAAUUACCCACCAACAAAUGUUCAUAUAGGUUUUGUCAUUGGUAUAGCUUUAAUCAUAUUGCUUUUAUCGAUUAAUAUUAUUGUUAUGAUAUUAAAAAAACGAUCAAAAUAUCGUACAAGAAUCGAAAAUAUUUCAGGUGGUUCAUUACGAUUAGAUGAUCUGUUUCCUGAUGUAAAUCAUCAACAACGGCAACAACAGCAACAAAAACAAUAA